UUUUGUUUCGCCACCAUCAGGCAUUGCGGCCGGAGUCACACAAGCUCAGAAAUCAGGAGCAGCCGGCUGAAGCGGGGAACAGUCGGCAUCAUAAUAACGAUAUAGCAACAAUCCCACGGAGAUUAUUGAUGCGGAUUUCAUGACGCAGGCAGGAUGUGUCAUCGAAUUGAUGAUGUCAUGAAGCUGUGUUGCGAGUUGUCUGCCAAUCAGCAAAUCCAGACCACAGUGAAAGGCUCAGGGAAGGGAGCGGCAGCAGCGGGGGGCCUGGCCUUCGCUGGAGGGCUGGUCGGGGGUCCUCUUGGGAUUGCAGUCGGCGGUGCUGUAGGAGGCCUUCUGGGCUGCUGGCUGACCAGUGGACAGUUCAAACCGCUGCCUCAGAUCAUAAUGGAGCUCACUCCCCAGCAGCAGCAGAAGCUUUACAGUGAUCUCGUCGCCAUCCUGGGAGACAUCCAGUGGACUGAUUUGGCUCAGCUCACCGCUUUAGUUAUGGGCAACGCCACCCUGAAGCAGCAGCUCACAGGCGCCCUGCUCGGGUACAUCACCAAGGAGCUCCAGGGAGAGGUGCACUAUGUGGACUAGUGCUGGUGGACAAAACUGACUGUAUAAAGCUAACACAGGGGCCCCGUGUGCUCUGGAGGAUGGGGUCCUUGAGAAGAAUGUGAACUGUUUCAGUGGAGCUGAAGGGAUUCCUCAUACAUUGUGAAAUGACUCAGACGGCAACACUGUCCUGGUAACAGGUUACACUGGUCAGUAUGAGGUCAAACCAUUGCUAUGAAUGAAAACAGCUCUAUAACUGGUUUAAUUUAUUACUGGAAGUGCACUUGAAGGAGUCAUUUAUUCAUUAAGCCUGUAAUGGCACUGAUAAUCAUGUCUGACUUUCACAGUUAUUCUGAAUUGAAGCUUGAACAAACAGUUCAGGUACUAUGUUCACACAGUGAAUUAUGAAGAGUAGGAAUUCACCAGCAUCUGUGUGUAGUAUAUUGCAUUGCCAUCGCUGACUCAAAUCAAACUUUAUUGCUAAAAUUAUUUCAUCGAUAAAAAGAAGUUUGCUUUUCACUAGUUCAUGAAGUUUUACAAACAUGGAACACUUUAUUCCUCUGGAUUAAAAAUGUGAAAUAAAGAACACAAAUGCUUAAUCUUACUUAAGACACUCUGAGACACUCACUCUGAGACACUCAUGGCCACUGCCAUUACUGGUUUAAAAUUGUCAUAUUUUCUGACAAAAACCUAUUAAAUGGAAAAAAGACAA